AUGAAAUUAAAAUUUAUAACUAGUUAUUUACUGCUUUUGUCAGUUUUUCAUGUAAUGGGUUUAGAAACGAUAGACCCAAAUUUAAAAGGUUUCGAUGAUAGUAUUUUAUUUAAAAUUAAUUGGCCUGGAAAAGAUGAUGACUUUUCUGAUCAAUUUCAAAUGACAGUUACGACUGAAAAUAAAGAAAAAUAUAGAUGUCAAAUUCCGCAGCUACAAGAAAAAGAAAAAAAUCACAAUGAAAAAUAUUUUGGUCCUAAUCCUUUAGAUUUAUUGUCAGUUUUAUUCAAACAAUCCUCCUGUUCUCACAGGUUGGAAGCAUAUUGGACAUAUGAACUUUGUCAUGGAAAAUAUAUCAGGCAGUAUCAUGAAGAAAGAGAAGGCAAAACUGUAAAACUUCAAGAAUAUUAUCUUGGAAUGUGGGAUGCUACUCGACAGCAAAACUUGAGACAACAGUUAGCAGAUGAAAUUUCUAAAUCUACAGACCAUGUUCCGAUUAAAAAAAUAGAUGGCUUAAAUAUGCCUUAUUUACAAUUAAACAUGAGCGAUGGGACACUUUGUGAUUUAAAUUCAAAACCUAGACAAACCAAAGUUUUAUAUAUUUGUUACAUUCAUGGAAAACAUGAAAUAUAUUCAUUAAAAGAAACAUCCAUUUGUGAAUAUGAAAUCAUAGUUUUAUCUCCCCUUUUAUGUGAUCAUCCGAAAUACAGACCUCAAGAAACUGGUGAACAUUCAAUAAAUUGCCUUCCGAUAGGGGAUUCGCCUAAAAAACCUAAAAAUUUAUUACAGUUGGAAGCAGAAAGUUUAAAAUUGAAACAUCAAAAGGCAAAUGAUUUGUCACAAUUAAGAGUUGAAAUUCAUCCCAUCGAUGCGGAUAACGAAGUUGAAACUCAAACCUCAGUUGUUACGCCAAUCACUACAGAACCUGUACCGCCAUUAGUAGAUAUGUCAUCAAACGUCAUUUUAUCUGGGCCAGAUUGUAUUCAAGGCGAUUUCGGAUGGUGGAAAUACGAAUUUUGUCAUGGCAAAUAUAUAAUUCAAUACCACAUUGAAAAAGAUGGGUCAAAGACUGUUAUGAAUUUAGGUAAUUUUGUCAAAUCUGCACAUUUAGAAUGGUUAAAUGCAAAUCCUCAUAAAAGACCGGAGCCAUUGUCGGUUAGAAAACAUGUUUCUCAUUUUUAUAGUGGAGGUACUAUUUGUGGAAUGACUGGUAAAGCAAGGCAAACUGAGGUUAAAUUAAAAUGUCUGAAUGGAAAAUAUAAUGAUGGUGGAGUUUCGUUGUAUCUUCUCGAACCCAAAGUUUGCCAAUAUAUUCUGGUUGUCGAAACGAAAGAAAUUUGUUACUUUUUAACAAAAGUCGACGAGAAUGGUCUUUACGACCCGAAAGAAGAACUCGGAACCACCGAACAUUAUAAAAAUAAAUUUGAAUCGGAAAUUUCUUUUAAAUCAAAAGAAAGUAACCAGAAAACAUUUUUCGAAACGAAAUCAUCACUCGAUGAAACAACUCAUCAACCUAAAAAAAAUAAUGAACAGUUAGAAAUAAUUAAUGAAGAGGUCGGAUUGGAUAAUCAUAUUCCUGACGGUGACGAAUAG